UGUAAGCAAAUGGCUGGAAGAGCUGACCUAAAAUGGCCCAUAGCGUGACCCUCAAGGAAAAGCAACCCUACAUUAUAUCGCUGAAGAAGAAGAAGAAGUGAGUACACUGAAACUGAAAGACUAAAAAAUGGAAGAUAAAGUAGCAAUCAUAGUAGGAGCUGGCCCUUCUGGUUUAGCAGCAUCUGCAUGCUUAAACCUCCAUUCAAUUCCUCACAUAAUUCUCGACAGAGAAGACUGCUUCGCUUCUCUUUGGCAAAGAUAUUCAUACGAUCGUCUUCAUCUUCACUUAAAGAAACGAUUCAGUCAGUUACUUCAUUUUCCUCAUCCUUCUUCUUUCCCUUCUUACAUCCCUAAAGAUCAGUUCAUUCAAUAUUUAAACGACUUCAUUUCGCAUUUCAACAUCUCUCCUCUGUAUAAUCGACUCGUUGAGUCAGCGAGUUUUGAUCAAGAAAUCAAGAAAUGGACCGUGAAGGCGAAGAAUGUGAACUCGGGUGAGGAUGAAGUUUACUCGGCGAGGUUCUUGAUCGUGGCGACUGGUGAAGCUUGUGAUCCUUUUGUACCAGAUGUUGAAGGUUUGGGGAGCUUUAAUGGUGAGGUUUUUCAUUCUACUAAGUAUAAAAAUGGUAAGGCGUAUAGAGAUAAGAAUGUUCUGGUGGUUGGAUCGGGUAACUCUGGUAUGGAGAUUGCUUUAGAUCUUGCUAAUCAUGGUGCUAAAACUUCCAUUGUUGUUCGUAGCCCUGUUCACAUUAUACCUAGGGAGAUGGCUAGCUUAGGACUGGCAAUGUUGAAGUAUUUUUCGUUAAGGUUUGUGGACUCAUUGUUGGUGUUGGCAAGCAAAAUUGUUUAUGGAGAUAUGAGCAAGUAUGGAAUUAUUAGGGCAACAGAGGGUCCAUUUUUCUCGGCAUUUGCUUACGGCAAGUAUCCUAUUAUUAAUACGGGUACCUUUAGUAAGAUCAAGUCCGGAGAAAUUCAGGUCUUGCCUGCACUAGAAAGUAUAAGAGGCAAUGAGGCAGUAUUUAAGAAUGGCUCGUCACAUUCAUUUGAUACAAUCAUAUUUUGUACUGCCUUCAAAAGGUCAACCAGUCAAUGGCUCAAGGAUGAUAACCUUUUAAAUGAAAAUGGAUUAUCAAAGGUAAAAUAUCCAAAUCAUUGGAAAGGAGAAAAUGGGCUGUAUUGUGUUGGACUAUCAAGAGGGGGGUUUAAUGGAGCAAGUAGAGAUGCACAAAACGCAGCCAACGACAUCAAAUCUCUUCUGUAGUUGUAUUCAAAAAAAAUACUCGAUAAAUAUAGUUUUCCCUGCUGAAUUGCAGUAUCUUUAUAUUAGUUAUUAGUGUAUGUUUAUAUUAUUUAAUUAAUUAUUAUACGACAAUUCAAGUUAAAA